AUGUGCGUUUAUAUUCAUCAUCGAACAUUCUAUCUCACCCCACACUGCGUUCCCAUUUCCACCCUGGGAAAUCGCUUUUGUCGAAUCUCACAUAGUCACGUACUGGUCUGUGGUAAUUUCGACAAUGGCAGUCUUCGCGCGUUUAUCAAAGGAUUCCUCACGGGCGGACGAGCCAAAGGUCGUGUGCGAAUGAAUAUGGUGAUUCUCCGACCCAUUCCUAUCGAUUUGGCUCUCAAGGCCAUUCUGAGUCACUAUCAUGCUUGGGUUCGAUAUUUUGUCGGGACACCGAACAAUCCACAAGACCUGGCUCGGGCCAAAAUGCAAGACGCUCGUGCGGCAAUCGUGUUGGCCACACCGAACGCAAAACGUCGUGACGCGGACGAUGCGGCCAAUAUUAUGCAAGCCAUAUCACUGAAAGCGCGCAAGAAGACAUUGCGAGUGGUCGUACAGUUACAUAACUUUCGAAACAAGUGCUUGAUUAACAAUUUUCCGCGGUGGACCUACUUGGUGAAUGAUAUGGUCGUUUGUAUGGAAGAGCUGAAAUUGGGGCUGAUGGCCUACAAUUGUCUCGCUCCGGGGUUCGCCACCCUGGUUCUCAAUUUGCUCAACAUACACGGGAACAAGAUCAUAUCCAAGCAUUUUGAACGCUGGCGUGAGGAAUACGAAUACGGAUUCCGGAUGGAGUUACACGAUGUGGGCAUCAGUCACGAGUUUAAUAAUCUGUUCAUGAGAGACUUUGCCGUGUAA